CAGCCCUACCACACACACAUUGCUUGCACUUGCAUCUCCAAAGUGAACCCCUGCAUCUGAGCCAAGACGGCUAGAGUGGGGUGCAGCGGAUCAUUGUUAGGCCCGCCCCUUGACCCCAAACGGGGAGUCAGCCUCCCGCUGACAGGCCAGGAGCUCUAGCGCGCGAGGCCGCUGAGGCGCGGUCCCGAUCGGUUUCCAGGUUCCAGGUUUCCAGUUUUCUGAAUCCUCCACUGAGCUAGAGUGGUGACGGCCGCUGUAAUGUUAAGUUGAGCCCUCCCACGAGGCCGCCCCAGUGUCUACAAGGCACUUUCACCAGGCCACACACUUCACACCCUCCCGUCACCCUUGCCCUUGCUCUCGCAAACUGUCACGCUGCAGUUAGCGAAUUGCAGGCUCACCCAGCCGAUCUGGUUGACUACUUAAGCUCCAGGUCACGGUACGGUGUUGCUCAUCUCAGCUCUCCCACCAUGGCUCCACGAUCUGAAGGCAGCCAUCUGAAGAGAGCCCGAGUUUCCGGCUCGCCGGGAGACGCGGAACAAGAAUCUUUCAAGAAGCCCCGCCGCUCCGAGCGGCUACUAUCACAGCGCGUCAAUGAUCAUGAUGGACUCAAGACGCCCGUCCAGGCACUACAUCAGCUCCCCUCGCCUGUGACCCACAUCGCCAGCGAGGGUACCAACGAGUUCUCCAAAGAAGCGACGGCGACCCCGCCAGAGGGUCGUCUGAGUCAGAUCACACGCCGCCACGACGACGAGAACUACUCGCAAGCCCUUGCAUUCAGCUCGCCGCCCCAGGACACGCAAGCUUUCAGUCAACAGCAUGUAGACCCCAACGCUCCGCUCUCGGACGAGGUCGAAGAUGAGGUCAAGGAAGGCGUGUGGGGUUAUCUGUUUCCCCUUGACACACGGUUUGGAGGGACUUGCGUGGUUCUGAGGAAGAGAGAGUCCUGUGCGCUUCCAGACACCCCUUCAGAAGACGCCUCUACGGGGACACUCCCCAAGAGGGGCGGUAGAAGGGGCCCAAGGGCGCCGCCCAAAGAUCAGGCAAGCAGCGCCAGGAGCCUACCGGCCGGAGGAUACCUGAUCGGGCGCCAUCCCGAGUGCGAUGUUAUCGUAAAUGACGGAAGUGUAUCGAAUCGCCACUGCCUAAUUUUCACCGAGCACAAAGGUAAUGACACGGUUGCUAUCCUGGAGGAUCUCUCGAGCAAUGGAACAUUUGUCAACGAUGCGCUUGUUGGGCGGAACCAACGGAGAGAGCUCAAGGAGCACGACGAGAUCGCCGUGCUCGACAAGGCUCGUUUCGUUUUCAGAUACCCCAAGAAUCGCCAAGCAAACGCCUUCCUGCAGCAGUACAGACUUGUCGACAAACUCGGAAAAGGCCAUUUUGCCGAAGUAUAUCUAUGCAUCGAGAAGUCUACAGGCCAGCGUUACGCAGUCAAGGUGUUCACCAAGACCAGCCCGGACGACAUAUCCAAGGAUGGAGGCCUCCAGCAGGAAAUCGCCAUGCUCAUGGGUGUCAGCCACCCCAACGUCCUGUGUAUCAAAGAUACCUUCAGCGAACCGAAUGCGGUGUACCUGGUUUUGGAGCUGGCGCCCGAGGGCGAACUGUUCAACUAUAUCGUAAAUGAGAAGAGCCUGUCCGAGACCCAAUGCCGCAAGCUCUUUACACAGCUUUUCCAAGGAGUCAAGUACCUGCACGACCGCAAUAUAGUUCAUCGGGACAUCAAACCCGAGAACAUUCUGUUGGUGGACAAGAACCUAAACGUCAAGCUCGCUGAUUUUGGGCUUGCCAAGAUCAUUGGAGAGGAGUCGUUCACCACGACGCUUUGUGGCACUCCCAGCUACGUGGCGCCCGAGAUACUUGUCGACAGCAGGAGACGCAAAUACACCAAGGCCGUGGACAUAUGGUCGUUAGGUGUAGUGCUAUAUAUCUGCCUUUGCGGGUUUCCUCCCUUUUCGGACGAGCUCUACAGCCCCCAAUUUCCCUACCAACUCUCGGACCAGAUCAAGAAGGGGCUAUACGAGUAUCCCUCACCGUACUGGGAUCCGAUUGGCGAUUUAGCUCUCGACCUGAUCGACUCAAUGCUCGUCGUCGACCCCAACAAGCGUUUCACCAUCGACCAGUGUCUCGCCCAUCCGUGGAUGACGCAGAAGGAGCUUGGGGUCAACGACAGCACUAACGGUCUCGUCAGCGGCCUCGCCGGCCUGGAAAUGAGCCGCCGCGGCGUGACGAGGGAACGGACUUUGCUGAGCUCUAUCAACACGGCCCAGGUCGUCAACCGCGUGCCUGGCAACAACAACCGGCCGGACGUCAAGAUCUACUCCAAGAACCCCGGCAAUAGCAAGGCUACGGCGCCGAGGAAGGAGCCGCGCCCUGAUGAGCAGCGUGAUCCGGGCGAGUUCAUGGCUCUGGGUGGCAAGGGCGACCAGGAGUUGUUUGGUAACGAUCCAGGAAGCAAUUAUCCGACGAAUGACAUUGCUGGGAAUGCACAGGCGUCGAAGGCGAAAGGGAAGGCGAAGGGUAAGGGCGGCCGUUAAGAGAGGGUGAAUUAUUGGGGUGGUGAUGGGGCUCGGGUUUUAAAAUCACUGGAUUUGUUUUGGAGUUCCAUGGGGUUUGCUUUUCAUCUCCAUUUACUCCAUGUUUAUGUUCGCUCAGGGGUGUAAGGGGGUUUUCAUGAUUUCUGGGCUUGUGUUAGUGUCGGGGUACAUUGCGUUUUUUCCUUCUGAAACUUUGUCUAGUCCAAGUGAGCAAGCGAGCGAGCUUUGGGACUGGCAUUAGAAAAGGAGUUGCCUGGUGGGAUUAUAGCGAGGAUGGCAUAGUAAUUAUAUAGGGGAGGAGAUGUAUUAGCGGUCUAUCACCAGUUUUACCAUAGGGAAAUAUAGAGAACAACUCUUUGUA